GCCCGCCUCCCAACACCCGCACAAGCAUGGCCGACGCCUACGCGGCCACCAGUCCCGCUGCCGCCGCCGAGCAUGCCGGCGACGCGCACGCCCAGGCCUUCGACACAGCCGCCGGUGAUAGCCUGUCCUUCGGCUACGAGCUGCGUGACCAGCUCGAUAUCAUCGACCGCUAUGCCCGCAACAGCAUUGCCCUCAUCGACGACCUGCGCGACAUGGCCCAAGAGCGCGCCGAGCUGGAGAAGGAUUAUGCCUCGCGUCUGGAGCGCCAGGCCCGGAGCUUCGCCCGGCGCCGGCAGAAGGCCGGCCGGUCGAUCCUCGGCGCCGGCUCCUCCAUCUGCGCCCCUGGGUCCGACCAUGCGGCCACCCCCUCCGACGAUCCCGAUGAGGCGAGGAGCUCCAUCGCCUCGGCCCUGGCCACUCUCCACACCCAGACCGAGGAGUCGGCCAAGGCCCGCCAGGAGCUCUCCGAGCAGAUCAUCAACGAGGUGGUCAACCCGCUGAAGUUCGAGUCGCGCCGCAUCGAGGAGGCUCGCAACAAGCACCUCCAGUUUGCUCAGACCCUCCGCCACCUCCUGGACCAGGCCCGCGACCAGUCGGACAAGGCCCGCGACGCCUACCGCAAGCAGUCUGCCAGUGUGGACGCGGUGUACAACCAGUACGACAAGUGCCCGGACCACAACGCUGCCCAGAAGCUGGAGCGCGACUGGAACGAGGCCCUUCGGGAGAAGCGCGAGCGGUCCAACGAGUACCUCCUCUGCGUUGAGGCGCACAACGCCCUGCGCUUCGAGUACUACCACCACCUGUUCCCGGCCAUCCUGAACAACUUCCAGGAGCUGACCGAGCACGCGGUCUGGCGUGCGCGUGAGCUGAUCAACACCUUCAUUGACUCGUCCAACCUGUGCAUGGACACUCUCCGCAGCCACAACGACAUUGUCACGGCUUCCGUUGCCGCCGUCGAUGCCUGUGCUGAUUCUCAGCUCUUCAUCCGCACUAUCCGCAAGGACUGGAUUGAGCCUCCCAACGAGGAGUUCAAGCCCUACUCCGAAACCGAUGCGGCCAUCCUCCACACCCAGUACCCCAUGGGCACCAUCCUGAUGAACACCUACCUCAAGUACCAGGAGGAGCUGGACAAGGCUCAGGGUGGCAUCGACGGGAAGAACCGCGAGCUGGACGGGCUGCGCACCCUCUACGAGUCCUACUACUCCAAUCCCUCCUUCGGUGAUGCUGUCAAGGUUCGCCAGGACAUCAUUGCCGAGGAGCGCUCGAUUGCCCUCUUCCGCGUGCCGCAGGUGAAGAUCGCCGCACAGAAGGCCAUGAUUGACCAUGCCUUUGGUCCGGAGAUCCUCGGCCAAAUCCGGCCGCACGCUUGGAAGUCCUCCUCCAAGGGCAGCUGCCCGGCCUGUGGCAGCGGCCUGUCUCUCUUCAACAAGGGCCACUCCUGCACGUCGUGCAAUGUGGCCGCCCACUCCAAGUGCCAGAUCCGCCUGCCGCCCAUGUGUGGCGCCGACAUCGAGUCCCAGAUGAAGCGCGAGACCGAAACCCCUCGGCCGUCCGGCGCCGCCGGCGCGGUGUCUCGCAUCAAUGCCAACAGCGGCGCCAGUCGCCCGGUGUCCAUGAUGUCGCAGGCAUCCUCCUCCGGGGGCAGCAUGCGCUCCACUUCCGGCCUGAGCCUGGGCGUGUCGCCCGGCGGCGGGUCCGGUGGGUCUCCCUUCCCCAACAGCCCGCUUGGUGCCCAGUCGCCGGUUGUGGCCGGUGGCUCGGCCACCGCCGGCGGCUCGGCCCACCUUCACAGCGCCAAGGUUCUGUUCGACUUCAGCGGGUCCGGCUCCGACGAGCUUACCGUCAAGACCGGCGACGAGGUCCAGGUGAUCCUGGCCUCGGAUCCCUCCUUUGCCGAGGCGGAUGAGGGAUGGUUCCAUGUCAUCCACCAGGGCAUUCGCGGGCUCAUCCCCAUCGCCUACACGGACUUCGACGCGGCCCUCCUGCAUGCGGCCCCGGCUCCCGCUGCUGCUGCUGCCGCUGCUCCUGUUGGCGUGGCUUCCCCAGUUGCUGCCACCCCGGCUGGCGAUGGCUCCACCGGCGCCACCUACCUCUUCCAGGCCCGCGCCCUGUAUGACUACAGUGGCGGGAGUGAGCAGGAGCUCUCCCUCACCGAGGGGAGCAUCAUCAAUGUCAUCUCGACCGACCAGGAUGGCUCUGGCUGGUGGAUGGGUGAGCUGAAUGGCAAGGUCGGUGAGUUCCCCGGCAACUACAUUGAGCGCAUCGACUGAGCGCGUGCACGCACGUGUACGCGCUGGUGGCCAGCCCGCUCGUGUGCAUGUUCCCCUCUCCCCCUCCCCCUCCCUUUGUGCUGCACCCAUGUGUGUGUGUGUGUAUAUGGCGACUCUCUAGCAAGAGCUGCUGGCUGGCCUCUGCUGCUGUCCCACGCCACCCACCUACACGCACAUGCCACGGAACACCAAUCCUCGCCCUUUUUUUCUUAAUACAUAUACCCCCCUCCCCCCUCCACAC